UGCGUGGGCCGGCCUCGCGCUCGGAAGCAGAAAGCGGGCCGGGCGGAAGCAGCCCCGGCAGGCGGGGCGGCGGCGGCGCCCGCGGGCUUCCGAAGGGAGCGUCUCAACCUGGGCCGUUCGCCGGCGGGGACUGCUCGUGGUGACGGCCGGGUGGCCCCGGGUGACGGGCGUCGAGGAGGCAGGGUGCCCACCCAUGGCCAGAUCACCUGCCGCUGGCUCCGUGAUCGUCGCAGACUGGCACGAGAGCACCGAGGGCAAGGAGUACCUGGCCAGCAUCCUGCGCAAGAACCGCCGGAGGGUGUUUGGGCUGCUUGAGCGACCAGUGCUGCCCCCACCUGUGGCCAUUGACACUGCCAGCUACAAGAUCUUCGUGUCUGGGAAGAGUGGUGUGGGCAAGACGGCGCUGGUGGCCAAGUUGGCUGGCCUGGAGGUGCCCGUCGUGCACCAUGAGACCACUGGCAUCCAGACCACUGUGGUAUUUUGGCCUGCUAAGCUGCAAGCCAGCAACCGCGUCGUCAUGUUCCGUUUUGAGUUCUGGGACUGCGGGGAAUCUGCGCUCAAAAAGUUCGAUCACAUGCUGCCGGCUUGCAAGGAGAAAACAGAUGCUUUCCUCUUCCUCUUCUCCUUCACUGACCGUGCCUCCUUUGAAGACCUCCCUGGACAGCUGGCCCGUGUAGCAGGCGAGGCUCCUGGUGUUGUGAGGAUGGUCAUCGGCUCCAAAUUUGACCAGUACAUGCACACAGAUGUACCAGAGCGUGACCUCACAGCAUUCCGGCAGGCCUGGGAGCUGCCCCUCCUGCGGGUGAAGAGUGUGCCAGGGCGGCGGCUGGCAGAUGGGCGCACCCUGGAUGGGCGGGCUGGGCUGGCUGACAUCGCCCAUGUGCUCAAUGGCCUGGCAGAACAGCUGUGGCACCAGGACCAGGUGGCAGCUGGACUGCUCCCCAUGCCCCCAGAGAACACCCCCAGCUGAGGGGUGGUAGCUUCAUGAGUGGGCACCUGUGACCCCUCCUCUGACCCUCAGGUGACCCAGGGCAGAGGGCAGGACCCAGGGCCUGAGGCUGGGGCAGGAGUAUUGAUCUGGUCCUAAGGAUGGCCAGAGGGGCCUGGUCAGGGAGGGUGGUGGCCUGAGAAAGCUGCACCUGCAGCGCUUUCCCUGCAGAAUACGUGGCUGUGACGGGGGGUGCCCAGGGCUCUGUAGGGCAGCGGUCUGAGGGCAUCUGGCUGCCCUCUGGCCUCCUCCCUGUGGGUCCAAGCUCUGGGAUUGAGGAGCUGUUUGGGCAGGGCCCCAGAUCGCCAGUGUCCCUCCCGACCUCCUGCUGUGUUCCCCCUUCUGCCAGGGAGGGUGACUGGGAUGAGGGGGUGCCUCAGCUGGACCUUAGACCUCAAGUGACUUCAAUUAAGAGCCUAGAUUAGUUGAACACCAUCUGCUGUACCAGAUAAACCCUGAGAUCACUGAAA